UGAGCCAAAAUUGGUUUUGGACGAGCGGCCCUCACACGUGUAAAGGAAACAACUUCUUUCAUAAUAAAUCAAAAGAUAUUUCUAUUGUUUUCUUCAAUCCCUUAGACCACUCUCUCCCCCUUCCGAUCGAUUUUGUUUCUAUGGCCAAGAGCUCCUUUAAGUUGGAACACCCUCUCGAAAGGAGGCAAGCUGAAGCUGCACGCAUUAGGGAAAAGUAUCCGGACAGAAUCCCAGUUAUUGUUGAAAGGGCCGAUAAGAGCGAUGUGCCUGAUAUUGAUAAGAAAAAAUAUCUGGUUCCUGCUGAUCUAACUGUUGGUCAAUUCGUUUAUGUUGUCCGGAAGAGGAUCAAGCUUGGUCCUGAGAAGGCUAUAUUCAUUUUUGUGAAGAACAUUCUACCACCAACUGCCGCUAUGAUGUCUGCCAUAUAUGAUGAAAACCAUGAUGAAGAUGGUUUCCUUUAUAUGACUUACAGUGGUGAAAACACAUUUGGGAUUCAUUGAGGCAUGUCGUCGAGGGAUAUCCAUGUGAAUAUGACUUGCAAAAGAAUAUAAAAUUAGUUUAAGAUGUACAUUCUUUAUUGCUCUCUGGUAGGUUAUGAGUGUGUCCAACAUGGUUUAUGUUAAAUUAUGUUCAAGUUUCUCAUGUAUUUGAUAAGUCUUUCAAGGAUCUAAUUAUAAGGUGCUAUUAUUAAAUCAGUCCACCAUUCUCAAGCAAA